AGUGCUGAAACAAUUUUUUCUCUUUUCUUUAAUUAGAAUUUCAGCAUAACACUUGGUCAUGACACUUUUGAAGCUGCUGGAUAGCGUCAAAUUUAUGCAUGUGAAAUAUAGCUCUUUUUUUUUUUUUUUUGGGAGAAAAGUAGAUGCCGUCCCACAGGGGUCAACAGUGUUUGAAGAUGAUAAUUGGCACUGAGCUCAUCUUCCACAUGCUCUCCUCCCAAUGGAACCACAAUGAGCAAAGUGUUUGAGGACUUGGGAGGUCAGAGUGUGUGCUUGUUUUCAGACAGGGAGGGGAGAUCUGGUGUGGAACAUAAAUUGUGAGGAAGAGGAGGAGGAAGAUUCCAGAGAAUGAGUUGCAGACGUUCAGAAGCUCUGUGAUUGAACUGAAGGGAAAGCAGACCAUAUCAGGUUCACCAAGAUCAGGACUUCACAGUAGAGGACCAACUAGAGAAGAUACUUCAAGAGAAGACGUGCCAAUAGAUAAAAGUUAUGGUGCACAUCUGCAGGCUGCUUGUGCUGACGGGGAUGUUGCUGUGUCUAAGUGCCCAGUUUGCCAGCUCUCAGCACUGGUCUCAUGGCUGGUACCCUGGAGGAAAGCGAGAAAUAGACAUUUACGAUACCUCAGAGGUUUCAGAGGAAAUUAAACUCUGUGAAGCAGGAAAAUGCAGCUACCUGAGACCCCAGGGAAGAAACAUUCUGAAGACAAUACUGCUGGAUGCCCUCAUACGGGAUUUCCAAAAGAGAAAGUGACACCAAGAUGACGCAUCAGCCCUGUCCAAAAAAAAACGACCUUUCCAGCAAACACAUUAGGAUCGCAUUUCCAUCCAAAGUCUAUGAAUAUAAAUAUUUUUUUGUGAUUUUCUUUUUCUUUUUGUAUGUUCUACAUUUUGUUCUGUUCGUGAGUAAACCUACUGCCGGCAUUAUGUAACCAUUGCAGCAGUUCCUACAAUAAAGGCUUUAUUUUGGUAUUUUG